GUCACUGGAAAACUGGACCGACUGGUUAGGUGUCCGUUUUUCCUGAGUCAUCUUGGAUUUUCUGCGUACUGAGCGCGAUGCGUCAGGAAUUAGAUUAGAAUAGAUUAGUGAAUUAUUGCACAUGAAUAGAACUUGAUGCAUUUUGCUGGUGAUAUUUGAUGCUUUCAUUUUGUUAUGAUGCCUGCAGAGCAGUGCUGAUGAAGCAGAGCUCUCCUCCUCUUCCUCUCCUGAGUCAUAGCUCCUCCCUCUCUUCCUCCUCCUCCUCUUCCUCAGUGUGUGUCUCCCUCCGUCUGCAGCAUGGCGUCUCUCGGCCUCCUGCUGCUCGGCGCCGCUCUGCUCCACGCCGCUCAGACUCUACCUGCAGCUCUUGGUGGUGGGCGUGGCCUGGACGUCUCAGUGGGCGGGAUCAGACGACAGCGCAGAGACCUCCGCAACCGGCUGCCAUAUGAUGACCAAAUGAUGUCAUAUCCUGCCUGGCAAGCAGGAGGCGGAGCCAACGACCAGUACUACCAAUCGGAAGACUGGAGAGGGCAGGGAAUGGACCAGGCUCUGCAGCGAUUGGUGGAGAGAGACCAGAGACGGGAGCAGGAGGAGGAGCAACGAGCAGCUUACCUGGCUGCUUUGCUCCGCCUCCUGGGUGAGGCAGAGAGCGCGGGAUUGGUCAGCCCCGGAGACGUGGAGGUGAUGGAGGAGGAGGAGGUGGACGAAGAUGGGCCUGCAGGGGACUUCCGGACCGCAGAUGCCGCAGACUACGAUGAGACGGGGCGGGGCAUGAGCAUGGGGCGGCCCGGCGCCCCCUGGUGGGACCUGGUGGAGCCACAGCUGGCUCAGGUGCUGCUGGACAGGAUGGAUCCCCGGCUGGCCCAGAGUCUGCUGCAGAGAACCAGGGAGUCCGGUCGGACCUCAGCCGCACCGAGCCGAGACCAGGACGCCCUCAGACGGAUGGUUGCUAAGAUACUAUCUAGUGACGGCCCUAACAACGCCCAGGUGAUGAUGUCAUCAGGCCGCAGAGCAAAGAGGAGCCUGUCCGCCAUGGCCGAACCCGUUAGCCCCGCCCACAGACGAACCCGCCGCUCCCUGGACGUCCAGUCGCCUAGCAACAAGCCACCCCUCCUCAGAGUAAAGAGGCUGGAGGACGAUGAGGAAGAGGAGGAAAAGCUCCGCCCACGAGGACCCGGGCUGCAAAGGAUGAAACGUAUCGAUACCAUGGCAACCGCUGACCUAGAGGAAGUGAACCACGGGAGUCGUAGGCGCCGCAGGAGAGCUGUGCUGAACUACGACCCCCAGAUGUUGAUGGAUCAGAUUCUGGAUUACCUGAGGGAGUGAGAGGAGGAAGAGGAGGAGGAGGAAGACAGUUCGGGUCGUGUCUCCCAUUUUUAUUGUUCAUAUCGUUUCUUUGAUUUUGCUGCUUGUGUAAAUUUGAGAGGAUCAAAUGUUUGUGGUAUAAAUCAGGAGAAAUCAGGAAAAAUUUUCAAGAAGAAGCAAACUUCUGAUCUAACAUGUCUCAACACUACAUUACCCAUGAGCCUCGGCUCGUAUGCAGUGAUGAUGCGUUCUAUUUGUGCUGGGAUUCCAGGAGUUUCUGGGUAGAAAAACCACGAGAGCGCCCCCUGCAGUUGGAUUUGUGACGCUGGGAAGGCCUGAGUUCAGGAUCCAAUAAAAGCUGGUUUAAUAAAGAAAUCAGUCUAAGUUGUUAAUUGAAAACACAGAAUGCUAACAGUAGCUAGCAUUGUCACAGCUCUGGUUUUCCAGCUUUUGAGUCAAACUGAACGCAGCAUCAAAACUGACCUCUGACCUUCACACACAAAGUUCUCAUUGGCUGACUUCUAGCAGCAAAGCCUGCUGGGAGUCGUAGUUGAUAGGUUCCCUCUGUUGGGACAAAUGGAGUGUGAUGAACAGUGUUUGUGACCGUGGCAACAGCUUCUCAGCUCUGUGAUUGGUUCCUGGUUGUCGACGUUCCCGUACCUUCAGCUUGUCGCUGUGCUGACGCCCGUCUGUAGAGAUACUUUGAUUUGUGUCACAAUAAGAAAUAAAGUCAUUAAAUUCA